AUGAGAUAUCUCUUCUGGUCGGACGGAGGAAGAGGAAGGACGGAUUACGACUGGCAACGCUUGCACAUGGUGCAUUCUGACGUCUACCUGAAUCCUUCGCACAGGCCUUUCGCCGCGGUGUAUCGCGGAGUGAAUGAGAUGGAGCUCCCUUGUGCACAGAGCGAGCACUUCGAUGCAUCUGGCCAAGUAAGCACGGAGAUGAUUGAGGAGUUCUUGAAGAAGGAGUAUGCGACCAUGGACGACCUCACAAGCGUCUUUGGCAAAGGUUCCAAGGGCAACGUCUUCGUGUGUUUCGAUCCAGACAUCUUCGACGCCCAGGCGAAGAAGUAUGCACGCAUCGUUUACAAAGUUGCCAAGAAGUGGAGAUCCUACGGAUUUGCCUACCUGGAUAUUCGCGAUCCUGAGUUCCCCUCGGUCACGCUGAAGCUCCUGGUGAAGCCGCCCCAAACCUUCACCAAAUCGUUUGCCAAAGAAGAGUUGACGGAGAAGAGUCUUGCACAGUCCCUUUCUGAGAUGCCGGUUGCAGUGAUGGCUCCCCGUAAGGGCUGUGACAGAACUGACGGCGAUCUUCUAGGCACGAACCGUGCCUUUGUUGCAGAGACAGAUUCACAAUUUCCUUUUUUUGGCGUCAGGGUCCGAUUGGGCACCGUUCCGCACUUUGCUGUUUACUGCCAGCUCCUUCACUGUGCCAUGGAGUUCUCGCUGUCUCGGUGGUACGAGUGGCAAUCUAUCGAUCACAAGUCUUGGGUCGAGUCAAAGUACGUGAAGCGUUUCCCAACCGUUGAAAAGCAAGAGGCCAUCAUCUUGUGUGUGGCCGAGACGAAGCAGGUAUCUACUUGCUUCCUUGGAUUCCAGAUCUUGCACGCCUUCCAGAAGACGUUCUAUGCCCACUUGCAGACAAUGUUCUGUGGUGUGUGCUUCUUACAAGCAGCUCGUGCAUGGCCGGAAGAGAUACUGCGCAAGGUGCUAUCAUUCAAUUUCAAUUGCCAUUCUGUCAAGUUUCUGAUGGAUUCGAGGCGAAAAGCAUCGCAGAUGUGUUUGACAGAGAGUCGCGCGUCCGCGGAAGUUGAAGUUGGGCGACCUAGCCAGCCCAGCAGAAAGAUGUUGAAGAAGUCCGGCGCACGCGCUUUCAAGCAGCAGCUGAAGGCUCUUCGAAAGCGCGGUAUUUGGUGCAUCCUGGCUCGCAAGUAA